AAUAAUUUUAAUUGUGUGGUAUUUAAGCCUAUAAUGAGCUUGGUAUUCAUCUAAAAAUGUUAAACUAUUGGCUGUUCAAAGCGACAUCUUCACAAACAUCUAAAUGCACAGCAAACAGACUUCCCAUUCCUCGGCUUUAAUUGACAUGCAGGCUCUGUUCAAGAGAACAAUGAAGUCUAUUUUAAUUUAGGCUCCGGAGAGUCACUCAGCGGCCAGGAGAGGGCAUCUCAAAUCCUAAAUCGAGCACCAGUGAGCUCAGUAUAAUCCUCCACCAACAUCAUUCCUGUUGCUAUACAACUGAUUUAUUCUUGAUGCCACGGUCAACGGGUCUAAUCCACAGAAGACUGCGCCUUUUCCCUCCGCUGUCCACAUCUGAAUCAGGAUACAUCCAACUUAUCGGGUUUGGACCACAGUUUGUUCCUCUCACGUUUCUUUUAGUCUCUUUUUUUGCCACUUAACCUAGAUUCAACAAUUGGCGACUCGGUGUUUAAAACGUAUUUAUUGCCGCCCCCAAACACGCGCUAAACAAUGUCAUUGUCAUGAGGCUACAAGCUUGAGUGCGUCUAUCCAUCUGUCCAGAGGCUUCUGUAAGGUGGCAGUCUGAGAUAUGCAAAACCAAGCUCAUGUUGUGCGGUAACAUAGGAAACUACAGACAGAGGUUAAUGCACACCUUCUGGAGCUACUCACAUCUCCGACAGGUGUGAGGCUGUUCGCAAAGCGGAUCUGGCUGCAGCGCAACGUGCGUAUAUUUUCCGUGCAGACGGGCGUCCUGGGUGCGUGUCCAACUGUUUGGACAAAACGCCAAGUGCGUCUAUGUGGACCUGGGACGCAUGCAACAGAGAGCCCUAAACAUGAGGAGGAGCCGACACCGAGCAAAUAUGGGACUUCCUGUGCUUUUCAGAUGGCUUGUAUUCACAGUGGUUGUGCCCGCCUGGCUGCUUGCUGCUCCAAGCGGCAUUCGUGAGCGUCCCUGCCCCCAGAGCUGUAGAUGUGAUGGGAAAAUAAUAUACUGCGAAUCCAAUGCUUUCCGUGACGUGCCAAACAAUGUGUCUGUAGGCACACAAGGCCUCUCCCUUCGUUACAACAGCCUGGUGAACCUCAGAGCCCACCAGUUUGCAGGCCUGAGUCAACUAGUGUGGCUCUACCUCGACCACAAUUACAUUAACGCUGUGGACGGCCAGGCUUUCCAUGGGAUACGGAGGCUCAAAGAACUGAUUCUCAGCUCGAAUAAGAUUACACAGCUAAAAAACAAUACUUUCCACGAUGUCCCGAAUUUACGUAAUCUUGACCUUUCCUACAAUAAACUGCAGGUUCUCCAGCCUAAUCAGUUUACGGGUCUACGGAAACUACUGAGUUUACACUUGAGGUCAAACUCUUUAAAAACUGUCCCAAUGCGAGUUUUCCUUGACUGUCGCAACCUGGAGUUUCUUGAUAUCGGCUACAACAGGCUACGGAGCCUCACACGUAACGCCUUCGCAGGACUCCUUAAACUCAUCGAGCUUCAUUUGGAGCACAACCAGUUUUCAAAGAUAAAUUUUGCUCAUUUCCCCCGCCUGACUAAUCUGAGGGCGCUCUAUUUGCAAUGGAACCGUAUCAAACUGCUAACGCAGGGCCUGCCGUGGAUGUGGACAUCCUUGCAAAAGUUGGACCUCUCAGGAAAUGAACUCCAGGUGUUAGAUCCGAGUACAUUUCAAUGCCUCCCAAAUCUCCAGACUCUUAACCUGGACUCUAACAAACUCAGCAAUGUGUCUCAGCAGACGGUGGAAGCUUGGAUCUCUCUCACCACCAUCAGUCUGGCUGGUAAUUUGUGGUACUGUAACCCCAACAUAUGUCCCCUGGUGGCGUGGCUCAAGGCCUUUAAGGGUAACAAGGAAUCCACAAUGAUUUGUGCCGGCCCUAAGGAGUCACAAGGAGAGAAAGUGACCGAUGUGGUGGAGGCUUAUAACAUCUGUACAGCUACACCGACCCCCAUUCCCUCAACGACAUCGCCCCUCACUCCUGCAUCUCAACCUGAGCUGCUGCCUUUUCCCACACAGUCUGUGGUGGAUAAGAAGCUGAUCUGGAACAGGACAGCUUCCCCCACUCCUUCCGAGGCCUCCCCCACCAUCCCUUUGCCAGACACUGAGUAUGUGUCCUUCCACAAGAUCAUAGCUGGUAGCGUGGCCCUCCUCUUAUCUGUGGCUAUAAUUCUGCUGGUUAUCUAUGUCUCAUGGAAGCGCUAUCCCAGCAGUAUCAAACAGCUUCAGCAGCGCUCCGCGGUUAAAAAGCGUCAGAAAAAGGCACGGGAGACAGAGCGCUCCUUUAAUUCACCACUGCAAGAGUACUAUGUGGACUACAAGCCCUCACACUCAGAGACUAUGGAUGUGCUGGUUAAUGGGACAGGACCUUACACAUACACCAUCUCAGGCUCCAGGGAAUGCGAGAUUCCGCGGCAGCUGAGUGCUCUGACGUUGUACAGGUGUGAGCAGUCGGUUCUGGAUUACUGCCAUGCCCACCUGUCGCUGCACCUCAACAUGGGCAUGGAUCCCACCACUCAGGAGCUGGGAGGUCCGAGGCCAGCCGGGUACCACUCGGGCCUAAUGGCUGCCCUCCCCUCCGAGACUGUGCUGCCUUGCCCCCAGACCCACUCCCUCCACCAGUGAGCUGUGCACUCUGUGAGGCUCUGUGUCUAAACUACUGUGUGUCUGCUGCACAGAAUCAGCGGAUCUCUCAUGAAACACAAGGCUGUGUGGGAGGGAACUGGGACUGGUAAAGAAGCAAAGGAGACAAUUAAUCUACUGCAGAGAAUCCUGGACCCGGGGUAAUGAAAAUGAAAAUAUUUCUCAGUGGAAAUAAAGGGGUGCAGCGGUAUUGAUUGGUGAGCUUCUGACCCACCUGACCCUCAAUGUCCUCAAUUAGCUAAGGAGGAACAGCAGCAUGACUUUCCACAUUCUGCCCUGCCUCUUGAGGAGUAUUAAGGAUAAUGAUUUAAUGAUUUGUUAAUCUUAUUAAACAUAUUUCCUCAACUUCUCCUCACCUGGGCACCUCUGCUGUGUCAGGUAAAGUAAUCAAAUGUAAAAUGCUACAAACAGAGCAGGGAAACAGCAUGAUGAGCAACUGAGUAGCAGAACAAAUGAAAGAUCAGCCAUGCUAAAAGGUUUUCUGCUGCUUUUUCUGAUCAGGCUCCGUCAGCGGUCUCUGUCUAACUUUAGUCCCUGUAGCGUUUUCAUCUGGAGAAAUGAGCCACUCAAAUGAAAUUACUCAAGAUGAGAGAAACAAGUCAGAAGAUAACGGACAGUUAUUGUCAUAUAAAAUGUACAGCCCACACAUCUUGCCGGCAGUAAGUAUAAUUUACAUAGUGACUUUUGAUUUCCUUAAUGAUUUGUGAAGUUGAUCACAUUAUAAUUAAUUUAAUCGAGCUGAGAAAUAAACAGAGGAAAAAUAAACACCAAGUACAGAUCUUGGUGCUCUGGGACGUUCUCAUAUUUACUUUUCAUCAUCCAUUUAAAUCAUUUGUAAAUGGGUUUUCAAAUGUGUUCUUCGACCAAUUAUCUGAUUGUGCACUCAUAUAUCUACAUGUGUGUACUUUUUACAAGAUGUUACAUUAUAAUAUAUGGUAAAUAAACUGUGGUAAAUGACCAGUAACAGUGUCAUUCAUCAAGAUCAGUGGUAUCAACCCAAACAACUGUCUGCUGUAUUUCAACAGCUACGUAGGUGGUUGAGACUGAAGAGUAUAGUGCUGAAGGCAAGACUGUUUAAUGAUGAUGUGUGUCUGGAUAAAGACCCUGAUCGUUAUUUUCACUUGCUAUUUUUUUCUCUUCCUGUGACUGUUUGUGACCGUUAUCUGACAAAAUACAGUAUACUGGACUCUCUGAACUUGACUCUUGGACUUUUAUGUUGCUUCCCGGAAAGGAAAACUUAUGUACAAAAAAAACACAAUGUCAUGAAAAUGAAAUGGUGAAAGCUAAAUAUGGUAUAAUUGGAAUGUUUGUCAGCUGGGAAAUGACCAUUUGCUAAACCCCUAUCCUGAGCAGCAAUUGUCCAAACAUAGCUUAGCAACAGGAACUAGGCACAGCAGGCCUGUCCAGCUUGGGAUUUCUCCAUGUUGAAGUGACAUGCAGUGGGCUGUAUGUAGGAGUCAUACUUGCCAUUUAAAGAGUUAAGAGAGUCAUGUAUUUUUUAUUUAGCCUUUCCAGAACCAUAAACACAAGAGCAAAGGGGAAAGAAUUGGAUUACAUUGUGUGAUUUAUUGUAACAUAAGCUGCAAAUGUUAACAUGCCUAGCUAACUUUAAUUAGCUUACUACCUACUGUGUAGUAACCUAGCUUUACUUCCCGAGGAAAGGAGCAUUUCAUUAGCUAACUAUGAUUUUGUGGGGUUCAGGGUACAUUAGAAAAAAAAAUCUCUGCUCAAGACUAGCUCUGUGUAAUACUUCCCCUCUGCUAAUGUAUCAGAGUGCAGGGUAACAUUAACAGCUCAUGUCCUACUCCACUGGAUUUGGAGAAGUUUACACUUGAGUGA